CGGGACCUGCCUUCUCAACACUCCUGCUGGCUGCAGUAACUCACUAUGGCUCCUAAAGAUAUAAUGACUAAUUCUCAUGCCAAGUCCAUUCUCAAUGCAAUGAAUUCUCUUCGAAAAAGUAACACCCUUUGUGAUGUGACUCUGCGUGUGGAACAGAAGGACUUUCCGGCCCAUCGUAUUGUAUUAGCUGCUUGCAGUGACUACUUCUGUGCAAUGUUCACCAGUGAGCUUUCAGAGAAGGACAAACCCUAUGUGGAUAUCCAAGGUCUAACAGCCUCUACAAUGGAAAUUUUGCUGGACUUUGUAUAUACAGAGACAGUUCAUGUGACGGUAGAAAAUGUUCAAGAGUUGCUCCCAGCAGCCUGUCUGCUUCAACUGAAAGGGGUAAAGCAGGCUUGUUGUGAAUUCCUGGAAAGCCAGCUGGAUCCGUCCAACUGUUUGGGGAUCCGAGAUUUCGCUGAAACACACAAUUGUGUUGAUUUAAUGCAGGCAGCAGAAGUAUUCAGCCAGAAGCACUUCCCAGAUGUAGUUCAACAUGAAGAGUUCAUCCUCUUAAGUCAAGAAGAAGUGGAGAAGCUCAUUAAAUGUGACGAAAUUCAGGUGGACUCUGAAGAGCCUGUCUUUGAGGCAGUCAUUAACUGGGUGAAGCAUUCAAAGAAGGAACGGGAAGCAUCCUUGCCAGAGCUUCUACAGUACGUGCGCAUGCCACUUCUCACCCCACGCUAUAUCACUGAUGUCAUAGACACUGAGCCUUUUAUUCGAUGUAGCUUGCAGUGCAGAGAUCUUGUUGAUGAGGCUAAGAAGUUUCAUCUAAGGCCUGAGCUUCGCAGCCAAAUGCAGGGUCCCAGAACCAGAGCACGUUUGGGUGCUAAUGAAGUUCUCUUAGUAAUUGGGGGCUUUGGAAGUCAGCAAUCACCUAUUGAUGUGGUAGAGAAAUAUGAUCCGAAGUCACAGGAGUGGAGUUUCCUACCAAGCAUCAGUCGUAAAAGACGCUACGUUGCCACAGUAUCCUUGCAUGAUCGAAUAUACGUGAUAGGUGGCUAUGAUGGCCGUUCCCGACUCAGCUCUGUGGAGUGCUUGGAUUAUACGUCGGAUGAAGACAGCAUCUGGUACUCUGUGGCUCCAAUGAAUGUUAGACGGGGCCUAGCUGGAGCCACCACUUUGGGAGACAUGAUCUACGUUUCUGGAGGUUUUGAUGGAAGCCGGCGUCAUACGAGUAUGGAGAGAUAUGAUCCCAACAUUGAUCAGUGGAGCAUGUUGGGAGAUAUGCAGACAGCUCGAGAAGGCGCUGGAUUGGUUGUUGCUAACAAUGUUAUCUACUGUCUUGGAGGUUACGAUGGUCUGAACAUCUUAAAUUCUGUGGAACGGUAUGAUCCCCAUACUGGGCACUGGACAAAUGUCACUCCAAUGGCCACCAAGCGCUCAGGAGCUGGAGUAGCCUUGUUGAACGAUCAUAUUUACGUUGUUGGAGGAUUUGAUGGAACAGCGCAUCUUUCAUCCGUGGAAGCGUAUAACAUUCGUGCAGACUCCUGGACGACAGUGACAAGUAUGACAACCCCUCGCUGUUACGUGGGUGCAACGGUGCUGAGAGGAAGGCUUUAUGCCAUAGCAGGGUAUGAUGGGAACUCACUGCUGAGCAGUAUUGAGUGCUACGACCCCAUCAUCGACAGCUGGGAAGUGGUGACAUCGCUGGGGACCCAGAGAUGUGAUGCUGGUGUUUGUGUGCUGCGGGAGAAAUGAUGUCAGGAAAGACUUUAUCAGAGCACUUCUAUGGAGCAGAGAGACUAUCAAACGAAGCAUCAGCUGGCUUACAUCUUGUAGAUGUGGAUGCAGUGACCACUGGCCCUGUGCUACACACCCAGGCUCAUCU